CUCUGCGUUCAGACACGUUCACAGCGCCGCCGCCAGCAACGCGCCGUGACGGUGAGGGAGUGGCGGUGCUGAACGCAGCCCGCGUCCAGCGAGGAGUUGCCCUCUUUUAACAGCAUCAAAUUUAUGAGCCGCAGAGAACACAAAGAUUAAAGGCGUCAGUGAGAAGCACGAUGCGGUGAGCACUUCCGGAGAACUUCUCGGUUCGCUCGGAGGUUUUCGGGCUCGGUCUCGGAUGGACGCUGGCGCCGCGCGGCCGAAGCAUCAUUCACGAUCCGCGGUGAGAGCGACGAGGCGGGGCCGCUGACGGGAUGGUGGAGCGGUCGGACCGAGCCCCUCUGCUGGACUGGGAGGAGGCUCCGUCCGCGGAGAAGCCCGGCGGCGCGGCUCCGGCGCCGCACGCCCGGGACCGGCUGGCCAGCCCGUCCAACAGCCGUGCCUUACUGGGAUGCUCCGCGCCCGGGUUUGGGUGGAGCGGCGGCGGGGGGCCGGGGGCUCCCGCUGCAGACGCCUCGCCCGCCGCCUCCGGCGCCCCGGCGCCCGCCGACGCGGAGGAGCAUCCCUCGGAUUCAGGACCGGGGGAGACGUCGCCGGAGGACCGGAUGGUGAAAUGGGAGGAGAAGGACCAGAUCGUGUCCGUCUUCGUGGUGACAUUCAACACCAGAUCAGGGAACCUGCUGGAGUGGUGUCUUCCCAGAGACAUGGACCUGGACGGGGUGGAGUUCAAGGCCAUCGCCAGCGGCUCGCACCGCGUCAGCACCGACUUCAUAUACUUCCGGAAGGGCUCGUACUUCGGCCUGGCGUGUUUCGCCAACAUGGCGGUGGAGAGCGCGGUGGAGCGCGGCGCCCGGAUGAAGUCGGUGGGCAUCCUGUCCCCGUCCUACACCCUGCUGUACCGCUACAUGAGCUUCCUGGAGCACCAGGUCAGGCUGCAGCUCCAGUCCCCGGGACACUACUCCCCCCUGGAGGCCUUCUAUGAGGACAAGCGCGCGGUGCUGCCCCCCGGUGGAGACGCCGUGGUCGCCGCCUGUCCGGCCAGCGCCUGGGGCGCCGCCAUCAACCACUGCAUGCACCCGGAGAUGAAGAUCACCCACCCGGCCGGCUGCAUGUCGCAGUUUUUUCGCUUCUUCGGCGAGCAGAUCAUGGUGCUGUGGAAGCUGGCGCUGCUGCGCCGCCGCAUCCUCAUCUUCUCCCCGCCCCCGGUGGGCGUGGUCUGCUACAGAGUGUACUGCUGCUGCUGCCUGGCCAACAUCUCCCUCCCCGGCGUGGGCGUGGCCGUGCCCGAGUUCCGGCCCUUCUUCUACGUCAACGUGGCGGACAUCGGCGCGCUGGAGAACGAGCUGUCCUACGUGGCCUGCACCACCGAGAAGAUCUUCGAGGAGAAGAAGGAUCUGUACGACGUGUACGUCGACAACCAGAACGUCAAGACGUCCCGGGACGGCCUGAAGCCCCUGCUGCGGCUCAGCGCCGCCGACCGGGACAAGUACCGCAAGCUGACCGAGCAGAGGCAGAUGCUGCUGUUCUCGCAGGAGGAGGACGGAGACGGCGCGUCCAGCGAGGAGGACCUCUUCAUCCUGUUUUUCCUGGAGCAGAACAACAGGAUCUUCCAGACCCUGAGCGAGGUGGCGGGCAGCCCCGACCCCACGGUGACCCCGGAGAGCGUGAGGGCCAUGGGCCUGGACCCGCACGGGGACCGGCUCUUCCUGCUGCACCUGCUGGAGAUCUACGGCUACGACUCCCUGCUGGUGUCGGAGCAGCUGUGCUGCAGCUGAGACGGCCUCCGCCCGCCCGGCCUCCACCCUCCGGCGGAGACUCCGUCACCUGAGCAGCGCCACGCUCUGCCUGCGGCGGCGCCGUGGGGCUGAAGUGGACCACCAGGUUUUCACUGAGAACUGAGUCAGUGAAAGAGAAGGAAACCACGUGUAAAUAGUCCGUCCUGUUUCUGUGUGGGUGUGUCUGCCUGUGUGUGUCCAGACUCUGCUCUCCUGGGAUCAAGUGCUGGAUUCAAACAUCCCAUCGUUGGAGCCUCCGUGUGAGAACCAGGGCUUCGUUUCUGUACCGACCAGGUCAAACUGCCUUCGUCUGGAAGCGGCUCAGUUUAGUUUUGAACAUUUGACACACAAGCGAAGAGGAUCAGCCAAAAACCUUUCCUGCACCCAAACUUCAUCUCAUUUCAACUUAGUUUCAGAGGAAACCUACGCCUUUAAGCUUGUGUGUGUUUUAAACCCGUCAGAGUGGUGAAGCUGCUGUUUCUGUCGCUACACGUCCAACACUGAGCCCCGAUUUCCACUCCAUGCUACUCUGUAUUAUAAGAACACGUUAACGCAGCUCGGUGGACGUGAGGCUCCGUCCGGAUGCAGCGCCGCCACACCGCCGGUAUCAUGAGGACGAUCGUCUCUGAAUCAGGGGUUUAUCUCACACACGCCUUCACACACUCGUGUUUCAACAGUUCCGCUGCAGAUCGGUCCCGACAGCAGGAAGCUCGCCCGGCGCUUUGGAUUCUCUGUGCUGCAGACGUUAAACACUACAGGAAGUGAAGUGGAACCGUCAGCUGGGCUUGUUUUUACUGUGAUGUUCUGGUUGUUCUGGUGCUCCGUGUUUAGCUGUGAACUGUGAGGUGUUUCUCUGCUCGCUGUACUCUUCCUCUGCAGAACCGGGAUCAGUCGAAUGUGUUUUAUAACCCGUCAUUUUGAUCCCAGAGCCUCUUUGUGUUACACUGAAAGUCUCGUGCAAUCCUGUCCGUCUGCUGUAAGAAAGACCCCGCCCCCCGGCCUCUGGCCCCGCCCCCCACACGGCACCUUACAGCUCCCGUCCAGAGCUGCAGUGAGGGAGAAUCCGACUCACGUUAAAACAUCUUCACUUUAUUUAAUUUACUGUAAACCGUUUCAGGAAUAAAGCGGAAUAAGGCUGUCGUCCGUAUCGUCCUUCAUCCUCCAGGGUUUCAGGAGCGACUCUCGCCGUCCGGGGAGGCGGACGCCGAGCACGCCGCCGCCAGAGCGGCC